AUGCGCUCCUCACCGCUUCUGCUGCAGCUUUUGCUCUGCGUCCCCGGCUUGGCCGAGACGUUUGACUACGUAAUCGUCGGCGCCGGCACUGCAGGCCUGGUGAUCGCCAACAGGCUGUCGGAAAACUCGGCCGUCACCGUCGCUGUGAUCGAGCCCGGCGGCGACGAGCGAGAGAACCCCCAGGUCAAGAGCGCCAGCAGCUUCCUGCAGGCGUUCAACACCCGCGUCGACUGGAACUACCGCACGGUGAACCAGCCCUUUGUCAACAACCGCCCGCAGCAGUACCACCAGGGAAAGGGCAUCGGGGGAACCAGCAUCAUCAAUGGCAGGUUGCGUUUUGUGCGGUUUGCGGGAGCCGUGCUUCAAGGAAUGAACUACAUCCGGGCCGAAAAGGCCGAAAUAGACGCGCUGGAAAAGCUCGGCAACCCCGGCUGGAACUGGAAUACGCUGUUCCCCUACUACAAGCGCAACGAGCGCUUCACCGUCCCGAGCGAGGCCCAGGCGAAGGCGGGCAUCAAGUACAAGGCAGAGUACCGAGGCACCGACGGGCCCGUGCGCACCGGGUUCCCCUUCGACACGGCAAACUCGACCUACGGCGUGCAGAUCCGGCAGACCUGGGCCAACGUCGGCCUCCCCGACAAUCAGGACUCGUCUGGCGGUGACGUCCAUGGAGUCUCGUCGAACCCGCUCACGAUCGACCGCGACGCCCACAUGAGGUGGGAUGCCGCGAGGGCGUACUGGAUCCCGGCCGAGGGAAGGGCGAACCUCAAGAUGAUCACGGGCACGGCCAGGAAGAUCGUCUGGAGGACGGGCACCACGGGCAAUGUGCAGGCGAGCGGAGUCGAGUACCUGACUGCAGCGGGCCAGGCGGUUGUGGUGGAUGCGAGGAGGGAGGUGGUGCUCUCUGCCGGCUCGCUGAGGAGCCCCGCCAUUCUUGAGGCGUCGGGAGUUGGCAACCCACGCCCCGCCCCUCCUCCCUCCGGUGUCCCUCAACUGGCCAGUGUCCUGCAACCCCUCGGCAUCAACGUCACGGUCGACCUCCCCGGCGUGGGCGAGAACCUACAGGAGCAACCCAACACCAGCCUCAACUACGGGCUGCGGGCGUCGCUCACGGGGCAGAACGGGAUGCAGGCGUACGCGACGGCGGCCGACGUCUUUGGCAGCAACACGCGGGCCGUGGCGGCGGCGACGCUGGCCAACAUCACCUCGUACGCCAAGCUGGCGGUGGACGCGUCGGGCGGGCCGACGUUUCUGAACCAGACGGCCGUCGAGACGCUCAUGCGCGUGCAGCACGACCUGCUCUUCAACCAAAACGUCACCGCCGCCGAGUACCUGACCUUUGUGCGGCAGGGCGGCUCCCUGUCGCUCAACUUUUGGUGGCUGUACCCCUUCUCCCGCGGCAGCGUGCACCUCUCCAGGGACUCGCUGGCCAACGCCUCGGUCGUCGUGCAGCCCACCAUCGACCCGCGCCUGAACAUGGUGCCGUUUGACGUGACGGCCCAGGCCAUGGUGGCCAAGCUGGCCGACAAGUUCUCCGAGACGUCGCCCAUCAAGGAUCUGAAGACUUCGAGGGGUGGGCUCGGGUCGAGCGCAACCGAUGCGCAGUGGGAGAGCUUUGCGAGGAGUGGCACCGCCGUCAACUCACACAACCUUGGCACCGCAUCCAUGAUGAAGCGGGAGCUUGGCGGUGUCGUAGACCCUGAAUUGAAGGUUUAUGGCACGCGCAACGUCAGGGUCAUCGACAUGUCCAUCUUCCCUCUCCAGUUCAGCGGGCACCCACAGUCUACCUUGUAUGCGGUUGCUGAGAGGGCAGCAGAGAUUAUCAAGAAGGCUUAG